ACGUUCGCCCUCCUUCUGGUAUGAAAAUUUCUAUUUCCAGAUGAAGCUGUAUGAAUUGGAACAUUUAACUUUUUACAUUGAGGAAGUUGUUUUACCUCAAUCAGGAUGGAUUUAACCGUAAAUUUCGUGCGAAGUGGUGCUAAGUUGGUGAGACUCGGAGGUGUAUUAGCUCAAUCAAGCAUCAUCAAGAGAGGUCAUGGCAGAGUUUGGAAGAUAAUCAACCAAUAUUCCUGCUCGACUUCAUUGUCAACUUUAUCCUAUCCUGAGACCGUAAAAAAUAUUAAUGAAGAUAAGAAAAGCUUGUACACCACACGCACUCACACUUGUGGGGAACUCACAAGUAAAGACGCUGGAAGCAAAGUGUGCCUAAAAGGUUGGAUCCAGUACAACAGAAAAAAAUUUCUAGUCCUCAGGGAUGCUUAUGGAAUGACUCAAGUACUCUUAGAGGAAGUGGGUGGAGAUAUGCAGAAAAUUUUAGAUGGACUCACACUUGAAAGCGUUAUUGAAGUUAAGGGAGAAGUAAUUUUACGACCAAAGGAUCAAGUCAACAAUAAAAUGAUCUCUGGUGAUAUUGAAAUUAAAGCAUUGUCUAUUCGUGUUCUUGGUGCUGCUCCUAGUCAAAUGCCCUUACAAAUAAAGGAGAACAAAAUGCCAACUGAAGAUACAAGAAUGAAAUAUAGAUACCUUUAUUUGCGGUACCCUCAUAUGCAAAAAAUGUUGCGCUUAAGAUCUCAACUCUUCCACUCAAUGCGAGAGUUUUUAAUUCAACAUCACUUUGUGGAUGUGGAAACUCCAACAUUAUUCAGGAAAACUCCAGGGGGAGCCCAAGAAUUUGUAGUGCCUACCCAAAUACCAGAUCAUUUCUAUUCACUCGUUCAAUCUCCCCAACAGUUCAAACAAUUAUUAAUGGUCGGUGGUCUUGAUCGGUACUUUCAAAUUGCUCGUUGUUACAGAGAUGAAACUGUGCGCCAUGACCGCCAGCCAGAGUUUACACAACUUGACAUAGAGCUGUCAUUUGUUGAUCGAAAAAGUAUUAUAAAGCUCAUAGAAGAGCUUUUGAACUUUUGCUGGCCUUCAGAAGAAGAAAGGCCUGAUAUUCCAUUUCCUCAAAUGACCUAUCAUGAUGCUAUGUUGAAUUAUGGCUCAGACAAACCUGAUCUCCGAUUUCAGUCCAAGAUAUGUGAUGUUACCCAUCUGAUAAGUCCUCAGAAAAUGGGUUCCAACCCACUAAAUGUGUCUAGUGAAUUAUCGGCCAGAGCCAUUGUAUUUUCAAAAGCAGCUUCAAUAUGCAAGAAAGAAAAUCUCAAAGAAAUCAUAAAGGAAGCAACAAAGAACACCAGCUCUAUUAAUUUAUUUCUAAUUCCAAUUAAAAAGAAUCAAGACAUUAAGAACUCAUUGAAAAAUGUGCUCACUGUUGAAGAGAUUGAUAAAAUUGCAAAUGAAUUAAAAGUAGAGGAGGGUGACCUCUUUGGCUUUUGCUUUGGAAAAAAUCAAGAUGUUCUGAAAGUACUUGGCCUGACUCGUGUGUUAACAGCAGAUGCUUUGGAGGCUAAUGGAUUUACUGUGCGUGAACCCAAUAACUGCUUUCUAUGGGUUGUUGAUUUUCCUCUGUUUGAGGAGAAUGAUGAUGGUUCGUUACUAUCGGCACACCAUCCAUUCACUCAGCCACAUCCCGAUGAUUUACAAUUGUUGGGAACCGAGCCACUCAAAGUUCGAGGGCUGCAUUAUGACUUAGUACUCAAUGGGUCAGAAAUUGGUGGUGGCUCAAUCCGUAUAUCUGAUGCCCAUCUCCAAAAAUACAUCCUUCAUGACUUAUUACACCUGGACACCAGUACCUUGCAACAUUUAAUUGAUGCUCUGUCGCUUGGUUGUCCUCCUCAUGGUGGGAUUGCCCUAGGAUUGGAUCGUCUUGUUUCUAUGAUGACUGGUGUCAAAUCAAUUAGGGAAGUCAUAGCUUUUCCAAAAGGUCUAAGAGGGAAAGAUCCUAUGGCUGGAGCUCCUGCUCCUCUGACUAGGGAAGAUGCUGCAACAUAUAAGUUGCCAUUCAAUCACGGGAAAAGUUCUUAGUUCACUCAGCACUUACAGUGCCUUGACAAAGUUGAAAGUGUCGGAAAAACAAACUGUUCUCUUUGUGGUCACCUUGCUAUAAAUGCAUUGAUUGUUUGUGAUUUUGGCAGCAACGAUCAUUAAGAGUAGUACGCACGCUUCUUGUAAAUAAAUACUUUUAUUGAUAACAGUAAUAUACAAAA